CUCCCUAUCAUCUCAUAUACAAGAAAUAAAUACAUAAUUUUUUUUCCGUAGUUUGUUAAGUAUGGAAAACCACGUUGGAGUGGCGAAGGACUACCGCGAUCCACUGCCGGCCCCGCUGAUUGGCUUGAUGGAGCUUACAAAGUGGUCAUUUUAUAGAGCUGUUAUAGCUGAGUUUAUAGCCACCUUGCUCUUCCUUUACAUUACGGUUUUGACUGUGAUUGGGUACAAGAGCCAGAAUGAUACUCAUUGCGGCGGCGGCGGCGUCGGAAUUCUUGGUAUUGCAUGGGCAUUUGGUGGCAUGAUCUUCGUUCUUGUCUACUGCACUGCUGGAAUCUCCGGGGGACACAUUAAUCCAGCAGUGACAUUCGGGCUUUUCUUGGCCCGACAGGUGUCAAUGAUCAAAGCCAUUAUGUAUAUGGUGGCUCAGUGUUUGGGGGCCAUUUGUGGCGUCGCGCUGGUGAAGGCGGUACAGAAGUCACACUACAAGAAAUAUGGCGGCGGCGUAAAUGAGCUCUCCGAUGGCUACAGCACCGGCGGCGGAUUGGCAGCAGAGAUCAUCGGAACAUUCGUUCUUGUCUACACAGUUUUCUCUGCCAUUUAUGCCAAGAGAAAAGCCAGGGAUUCCCAUGUCCCUGUUUUGGCACCUCUCUCAAUUGGAUUUGCAGUUUUUAUGGUUCACUUGGCCACUAUCCCGAUCACUGGUACUAGUAUUAAUCCAGCUAGAAGCUUUGGACCUGCAGUGAUCUACAACCAGAAAAAGGCUUGGGAUGAUCAGGUUAACAUAGCCUAAAAGAUUUAUAACGAACUAAGGGUGCUUUUGGUUUGUCAUUUUCAGUUUUGCAAAAUACUGAAAACGUGUUUGAUCUGUUAUUUUAGAAAAUGCAGUUUUGAA